CCUCUUACGAUAACUAACACCGUUUGAACCGGUCUAUCUCUGUUGCAGCAAUCAAUAAACACUUUUCAUUUUCAGCGCUUUAUUACCCUCCUUUCCCUCCCACCCCACCUCUCUCUCUCUCUCUCUCUCUCUCUCUAGGGCUUAGAUUCCUCAACAAUACAAAACCUACCCUAUCAGUCCAAAUCCGAUUCGCUCUCUCUCUCUAGAAAUGACGACGACCUCUGCCGUAAAGAACAACAACUUGUUGCCCCCCGGUCUGGUCUCGAAUCUCCAGCAGGUUCUUCUCAGCAGAAAAGGCGGCGAAGACGAGCUGCAAUCGAAGAACGCCGAUGAAUCUACUUCGCUGCCGUCCGAUAGCACUGAGCCUAAUUCGGACGAACAUGAUUUGAAGCCUAUUGUUUUGGUGACGAAUGGGGAUGGAAUUGAGUCGCCUGGGCUUGCUUACCUCGUUGAAGCUUUGGUUCACCAAGGCCUUUACAAUGUCCACGUUUGCGCGCCGCAAUCGGACAAAUCAGUGUCAGGUCAUUCAGUCACGCUGAAGGAAACAAUUGCUGUGAGUUCUGCUGAUAUCAAUGGUGCCACAGCGUAUGAAGUUUCUGGGACUCCUGUGGAUUGUGUCUCAUUAGCAUUUUCUGGGGCAUUGUUUUCUUGGUCAAAGCCUUUGUUGGUAAUAAGUGGAAUCAAUAGGGGUUCAAGCUGCGGUCGUCAAAUGAUUUACUCAAGUGUUGUAGCUGGAGCUAGAGAGGCAUUGAUGAGUGGUGUACCAUCUCUGUCGAUUUCUCUGAACUGGAAGAAGGACGAAAGUCAAGUUAGUGAUUUCAAAGAUGCUGUCACUGUCUGUUUACCUUUAAUAAAUGCAGCCGUAAGGGAUAUAGAGAAGGGAAUUUUCCUGAAAAGUUGUUCACUAAAUAUAGAAGUUCCCACAUCUCCUUUGACCAACAAGGGCUUUAAACUAACGAAGCAAAGUCUGUGGAGAUCCAUACCAAGCUGGCAAGCAAUCUCAUCCAACAAGUCUGGACGUUUCAUGUCCAACCAACAAAGCCUUGGCAUGCAGCUUGCCCAGCUCAGUCGAGAUGCCUCUGCUGCAGGUGCAGCUCGUCGUUUAACCACACAGAGAAAGAAUCUGGAGGUUGUUGAAUCAGUUGGAGCUGCGGGGAAAUCUGAUUUCAACCGAUCGGUGAAGUACUUCCAACAAGAGUUUCUCGAUAAGGAGCUGGAUGAUAUGGAUGAGGAUCUGGAUUAUAGAGCACUUCAAAAUGGAUUUGUUUCUGUCACUCCACUCUCUCUUUCACCACACAUUGAGUUGGAAACUCAAACAGCUGCUUCAGAAUGGAUUUCUGCUGCUCUUCACCUCGAACAAUGACCAACAUAAUCAGGGAUUUCUGUACAUGUGGAGAUGCAGUUUGUUGUUUUAGUUGUUGUUUCUUCAUGCAUCUCGGUUCUGGAAUUAGCUGUCCUUUUCUUAGGGUUUUUUUUGCUUCUCUUAUCCUCAUUUCUCAUCUCAGUUAAUUUUCAGGUUAUUUUUUUUGCGUGAGGAGCAAAUGCUUCCAUCAUUCAUUUUUAGAUUUGCCAUGUUGUAGAAUUCCUCCCUUUUUCUUCCUAGAGGACAAGAUCGGCCCAGUUUGCUUUUCUGUAUUUUUCUCGUUCUAGUCCCUUCAACAAGUAGUGGGUGAUUUGGGAGGUUGUUGUUUGUGUAGUUGUUCCUACGAUGUAAUUGGAAACGGCUAGGUUGGAGUUAUUUGAUCCUGUGCUUGCCGGGUAGUUUUUCUCUCGAUUUCCAUUGUUGAAUCUCUUACAUUUUAUUAUCCAGUUUUUUAAGAAGCAGCAAUGAGGAUGAAUUGUUGAUGAGAA